AUGACACUUGCGUGUCUGACACGUGUUAAUGAUGGUAUUACGGUUUUAUUUCAUUUGGGAUCGUUGCUCCGAGAUGCGCAAAUUCGAGACGUGCAAUCCGAUUUACUAUCCACGAGUCCUCUGCCAGAAAUUUCCAGUGACUUGGGUGGGAGUGAAGAAAGCCAUCUCGUAGUUAUUCAUCGACCAAACUGUGAUAUUUACCAUGUAUAUCCGAUGCGCAACAAAUGUCUCAAAUUAAUUGCAUUGAAUAUUCUCAAAUACCUUCCAGAAGAUAUACUUCGUGAAGAGCCAGAUUUCUCAGCAAUUAAUACAUGUACAAGUGGUGUCAACAUUACAGAUUUUGGAUCAUCUUCAGAAUGUGAAAACCAGUUUUAA